GUUAAGGGUUGUGUAACAGACGAAGAAUGCGGCGACAUUCAGAAGUUGAAAUGUCUGCAUUGCAAUUGCGUGUGUAGAGAUGUCUUUACAGAGAAGUCGGAGAGUGAAAUAUGCAUAGGUAGGCUAAGUACAGUAAUGCGCAAGAGGCGAAUCGGUAUUAAUUUCACUUUUGGAAAAUUCUCUCAGGCAAAAAUUGCCUUGUUUUAUUAUUUCAAGUAUUUGACUGCGGCUAAAUGAUUUCAUCAGUUAAUUGAUUAACAGCUAAAUAUUUUAAUUCAAAAGCUUAGUUUAGUUUUUUAGAUCUCUAAAGCCUUAUAUUGCUCCGAUAUAUAUAUUUUUUAAUUAUUAAUAUACUCUUGUAGAUACAAAUGGACGAAAAAUAAAAGAAUAACGUAUUCCAGUAAUAUAAAUAUAUGUUUAUAAAUUGUAUUAAUUGUGUUAAUAGUUUUAUUAAAAAUUAUCCUAGGUAUAUUUAAGUAUUUAAUCAUGGGCGUACCGGGCGGGGGAGGGGGGGGGGCGAGGGGGGCGGCAGUUUGUUGGGCAAACAAAGCCAGUCGGGCAAUAUUCGGCUUAAAUAGCUUAAAUUUGGAAAUUCGAUUAAACUAUUAAACUACUAACUACCAAUGAAGAUCGAUAUACAAAUAUAAAUUAGGAGGACAAUCCCACUAGUAUCGGAUUAUUUUCCGUAGGAAGUUUUCUAUCCGCAUCUCAUUUCAUCCACUAGUUUUCUUGUAAAUAAGAUGCUCUGAAAUGCAAUUGCUGUCUAUGAUGAAAUACUGCUAAACUUUCGGGUGCGUUUUUCCAAAGCAUUGAAUGUUAUUUUACUCGCCUCAUUUUAGCUGGUCCAGAAAUUUACAAAACAGAACGAACGAGCAGAUCGUUGAAGGUUUUCUGGAAUCACGUAAGUGCCAGCAUAAACCAUUAUAAGGUUAGUUAUAUCAAAUUCACUUCUGAGCCAUACACUAAUUGUACUGACAAAGUGACAAAAGUUGCUGGGGAAAUUAACAAUGCUGUUCUGGAUGGUUUGCAACCAUAUACUGAAUACACUGUAGCUGUUAAGGCAUUUGAAGACGAUGGAAAGGCUCUUGGAGAAUGGGGAGAGGCUGUGACUGUAAAAACAUGUAAGUUUCUCACAUGAUAAUAAGUUCAAACUGAAAAUAUAAGCCGGCUACCAAAGCUUACUGAAGUGUAGCCAUGCGAGCAGGGAGAGCCUGCUCGCAGGCUAACUGAAGUGGAGAUAGCCUGCGAACAGGCCCUGGGUUGCGGGCGGCGCGAAGAAUAGAGGGCCUGCACGGAUGAUAGGUUUUUUUGGUAGUGGCGUUCGUAUAGAAACGCAGGCUUCUGAUUGGCUUACACUCGUUGACAAAAUUACUAAAAAUAGCAAAUGUCAACAACAGCAUUUUGAAGAAUUUGAACUUUAUUCAUUUUAAUAUUAUAUAUUAUAGGACUAUCGAACAAAUAAAACUAGAAAUGGAAACCAGAAGCAAUAGCAAAGCAUCACAGCAAAAAAGUCUAUCAUAAAUGACUUGAAUCUAUCGCUUAAAUCCAAUAUACGAAACUAUAACAGUAUUCUGAACUUCGUCUUCGGAUUGACAUCAGACCAUAGUAUAGUACAUUUUGAGGGCGUCGUGGCUUCACGGAUUAUUCUCAUUAGUGAGCAAGUCAGCAAGCGAAGGCAUACAAAAGAUACCCAAAUAUGUACGAAUAAUUAUAUUGUCGAUCCUCGCUGGCAUGUCAUUUAGAUAAAUAUAUAUCAUACAUUAAACGUUGUACUGUUUACUGUAUAUUAACUGCUGACAAUUUCGUCGUCGAUACGGCUUCCAAUAUAGGCACACUCGUGAUUUCGAAGAAAUUAAUAAAUACAUGCUCAUUUAUCAUUUAUUUAGACCACAGUUAGUAAAAUUUUAAACGUAUUCGGUAUUCCAAAUCCCAAUCUAUCUGACCGUAUUUUAGUAAUAGCUUCAAAAUAUUCAGAACAUUGUUCUUUCAGUCGCACAUAGUACAAGUAUUACUGUACAUUCAAAGCCCAUGGUAGUUUAUUCGGCUUUAUAUUUGUAUGUGUAUUGAUAUCUAUUUAAUAUUUGAAGAAUUCUAUAUUUUUCCGAGUAAUAUAUUGUGCGGCCCGCUAAUGCUUUGUAUUAUUAUUGUUCAUGUUGCACAAUGUACACGCCUUGCGUCAAUUUGACAGUUGAUAGUUUAUUUAUCGCAGUCGACGCUGAUUGGUUAGCGUUUAGCAGAUGCGAAAAGGGGAUGAAUGAAUAAAACGCAUGGUUCCGUGCAGGCUCACCUUUCUCCCAGUGAGCCUGUUCGCAGGCUAAAGUGGAGAGAACGUUUUACUUCCCUGUCAAGUUUUCAAAUGACAAGUUUCAUUUGUAAUUGUUCGUGUGUGCAUGGAAACAUUUUUUAUGAAACAUCUCGGUUUUCUACCCUAAUGAUUGCUAAUCUGAUCAAGAGCGCUUUAUGUGCUCAAAAUACUUUGACAUGUUUUUUGUUGAUGACCUAUAUGAGAGAGUAAAUUUAAAUUCAUGCAUAGAUGCUAUGCGUUAUAUGCAGUAUUACAGACAUUAACUCAAUAGAUUACAUUCCCAUGAAUGGCUAGCAGAAAUAACUUGAUUCUCAAUGUAAACGUGAGAAAUGUACCUGCCAUGUUGCAAACUUUUUUGAAUUUUGUCAACACAAGAAGUUUAGAAGAUAAGUCCAUACAUGUUUAUACAGACAAAUAAAGUUAGAUAUAAUGACAUAAGCUUUAUGUGUUGAAAGUAAUCCUUAUCAAUUAACUUCUACCAAAACUUAUAAAUCUUUGAUGUUGUUUAGCUUGUGAAAAAGAAAAAGAAUGUCCAAAUAAUGCGAUAUGUCUGAAUGGUAAUUGCGUGUGUAAAGAUGGAUAUAUUUUUGAUGAUCACAGUGAAUGCAAACGUAAGAAUACUAUUUCUGGUACACUAUUACCUCUCUGUUGAAGCAAGUUAUAAGAACACCUGUCAUACUUGCCC